UGUACAGGUCACUUAACAAGCCGAUGCAGCUGGAGCAUUGGAAAGAAGAGAGUGGAGACCCUUGUGCAGAACCACCCUGGACUGGAGUUCAAUGCAUCGGAUCAUCAAUUAUCGACCUUAAACUUCAUGGGCUGGGGCUGACAGGAAGCAUUGGAUUUGAGCUCUCAAAUCUCAAGAGUCUGAAGAAAUUGGACCUUAGUUCAAAUGACAUUGAGGGAUCAAUCCCCUACAGUUUACCUCCCAACCUCACGCACCUAAACUUCGCUGAGAACAAAUUUAGUCAGAGCUUUCCAUACUCGAUAGAGAAGAUGAAACACCUCCAACAUCUGUUUGAAAGUACACGGUGAUAGAGAGAUUGAUAAAGAGAUAAGCUUCAAGAAAUAACUUCCCAAUUCUGGUGCCCCCAGUUAGCUUCAGUGAACGAGAAUCGGGAGUAAUUACUGCCGCCUUUUGGUUAUUACAUCUAACUAAUGUUAUAUAUUUGUUUUUGGAGGUGAAUUUGCGUUAAUCACUCUUUUAUGUCUGUUUGUAUUUGUGGUUGUAGAUAUGUUAUAGUAGGUGGUGGAAAUUCAGUUGGUUAUGCUGCUCGGACUUUUGUUGAGCAUGGAGUGGCUGAUGGGAAGCUCUGCAUUGUCUCCAAAGAGGUUUUUCAUUCUAUAAUAUGGCACAAAACUUUGUGUUGCUGCGCUGCUUUAGUUGUUCUUGUGGAGUAUCAGACAAUGAAAUUUUGUGUAUUUUGUGAGCCAUAAUUAGCUUGCCUUUUUCUCAGUUCGGAUGGUUUGUUUAUAGUAGUACUCUACUUGUUUCAGUCUGUUCUUUUUCCCUAUCUUUGCUUUGUUUUCCUCUUCUUCUUUUCCUUCUCGUAGUUAAUUAAAAUGCCAAUUCACAGAUAGAUCCUAAAUUUGCUUCUUCUUUUGUCUGAUCUUCCUGGUCUCACUGAUACUGAGAAACCAAGGAUGAGAGGUCCAAAGAGGGCUUCAAAGAUCAGCAAGCUCUUCAACCUUAACAAGGAAGAUGAUGUUAGGAAGUAUGUCAACACAUACCGUCGCACAUUCACCACCAAAUCUGGCAACAAAGUCAGCAAAGCUCCUAAGAGUGGAGAUGAGAAAGUGAUAGGAGGACUUUCAUGCUUGAUGUCGGAAAUUGGUCAAGCUGUGGGUAUCAUUUUACAAUUAUUUUGAGGUCAAAAGACAACCAGAGAAUCAUAGCAGGUUGACUAACUAGUUCUUGAGGAUUUGGUGCUAGAAAUAUUGUAUGAUAGAUUUUUAUUUUAGCUAUAAGGUAGUUGGUAUUUUCAAUUUUGAAUAGGAAUAUGCAAUGAUGAUGUAUACUUGAUAUUUGGUUCAUUUGUAUAAUAAUGUAUGAA